GAUAUUGAGAGAGGCACCAGCUACCUUCGCCUUCGACCCGACCGUGUGGCGAUGCAAGAUGCCACUGCCCAGAUGGCAAUGUUGCAAUUCAUCUCAUCUGGCUUGCCAAGGGUGGCAGUGCCGUCCACCAUACAUUGUGAUCACUUAAUAGAAGCCCAGAUUGGUGGAGAGAAAGAUUUGGCGAGAGCAAAGGACAUCAACAAAGAAGUCUACAAGUUCUUAGAGACGGCUGGGGCAAAAUACGGCGUCGGCUUUUGGAAGCCAGGUUCUGGUAUCAUUCACCAGAUUAUACUUGAAAACUAUGCUUUCCCUGGAUUGUUGAUGAUCGGAACAGAUUCUCAUACUCCAAAUGGAGGAGGUCUAGGUGGACUUUGCAUUGGUGUCGGUGGUGCCGAUGCCGUAGACGUGAUGGCCGAUAUCCCGUGGGAGCUGAAGUGCCCGAAAGUAAUCGGCGUACGCCUGACUGGUAAAUUGUCCGGCUGGACUUCUCCCAAGGACGUCAUUCUAAAAGUAGCCGGUAUCCUGACGGUGAAAGGAGGCACAGGAGCGAUCGUGGAAUACCAUGGCCCCGGAGUGGAUUCCAUUUCCUGCACUGGAAUGGCCACUAUUUGCAACAUGGGUGCCGAGAUUGGAGCCACUACAAGUUUGUUCCCAUACAACGCUCGCAUGGAAGCAUAUCUGAAGUCGACGGGUCGCGAGGGAGUGGCCAGCGCUGCCAACUCUGUCAAGCAUCUCCUCACUCCAGACGCAAAGGCGCCUUACGAUGAACUCAUCGAAAUCGACCUAUCCACCCUGGAGCCCCACGUGAACGGACCGUUCACACCGGACCUCGCCAACCCCAUCUCCCAGUUGGGCGACGCCGCCAAGAAGAACGACUGGCCGGUCGACAUCCGCGUAGGACUCAUCGGGUCUUGCACCAACUCUUCGUAUGAGGACAUGGGUCGCUGUGCUAGUAUCGUCAAAGAGGCGCUAGGACACGGUGUCAAAUCUAAGAUUCCUUUCAACGUGACACCCGGAUCCGAACAAGUCCGCGCCACCAUCGAGAGGGACGGCAUCGCACAGACUUUGAGGGACUUCGGCGGUACUGUGCUGGCUAACGCGUGCGGUCCUUGCAUCGGUCAGUGGGACCGUAAAGACGUGAAGAAGGGUGAAAAGAACACCAUUGUGACGUCGUACAACCGAAACUUCACCGGACGCAACGACGCCAAUCCUGCUACCCAUUGUUUUGUCACCAGCCCCGAGCUGGUCACGGCCCUCUCCAUUGCAGGUCGCUUGGACUUCAAUCCGAUGAAGGACGAAUUAACCGGCGCCGACGGCAAGAAGUUCCGUCUCUCGGACCCGUUCGGUGACGAGUUGCCCACGCGUGGUUUCGAUCCCGGCCAAGAUACUUAUGAGCACCCACCGGCUGACGGCACGAAGGUGAAAGUCGACGUAUCACCCACUUCUGACCGUCUUCAACUCUUGGAACCAUUCGACAAAUGGAACGGCAAAGAUCUCACCGAUCUGACCAUCUUGAUCAAAGUGAAGGGCAAGUGCACCACGGACCACAUAUCCGCCGCCGGACCCUGGCUCAAAUAUCGCGGUCACCUGGACAACAUUUCCAACAAUAUGUUUAUCACAGCGACGAACGCCGAGAACGGCGAACUGAACAAGGUUCGCAACCAGAAGACAGGGGAAUGGGGUCCCGUUCCCGGAACGGCUCGCGCGUACAAGGCGGCGGGCAUUCCGUGGUGCGUCGUGGGGGAUGAGAAUUACGGAGAGGGCUCGAGUCGGGAGCACGCAGCGUUGGAGCCACGUCACUUGGGCGGUCGAGCUAUCAUCGUCAAAUCCUUCGCCAGAAUCCACGAAACUAACCUGAAAAAACAAGGCCUGCUUCCUCUCACGUUCGCCAACCCAAGUGAUUAUGACAAAAUCCAGCCUGCCGACAAGCUUUCGCUGCUCGGUCUGAAGGAUCUCGCUGCCGGAAAGCCUGUAGAAUGCGAAAUCAAGCAUCAGGACGGCAAGUCGGAGCGCAUCAAAUUGAACCACUCCCUCAACGAACAACAGAUCGCUUGGUUCAAGGCCGGUUCGGCUCUCAACCGCAUGAAGGAACUCGCUGCCAAGUAA